AUGGCAUUGGAUGCACAAGACACUAUGGAGCAAAAGCAACUGGUGCUGCCAGAUUUACAAAUAUAUUCUACAUUGAAUGGUGAAAUAACCCCUUUUUGGAGAGAAAAGUACGAAAAAGAUGCUAAGAAGUAUUGGGAUGUCUUCUACAAACGACAUCAAGACAGAUUCUUUAAGGAUCGGCACUAUUUGGACAAGGAAUGGGGACAUUACUUUUCUGACUGUGGUCUCAAGACUUCGAUAAAGGAGGAUCCCCGACAUCGACGUCAUAAGGUCUCGAUGAAAAAAGGCAACCAUCUCACCUGGGAUCGACAGUGGAAGAGGGAGGUUAUAUCGGGAAACUCGACUGGUUCAGCCCAGGUUAAUGGAGCUCCGCUAACUUCUCACCCUUGUUCUUCUUAUACUAUUGGGACGCUGAAAAUUUCACCAUUACUGAAACAGGAAGAAGGCCAAUCCUUGACAGUGUGGAAGAGGGAGGUUAUAUCGGGAAACUCGACUGGUUCAACCCAGGUUAAUGGAGCUCCGCUAACUUCUCACCCCUGUUCUUCUUAUACUAUUGGGACGCUGAAAAUUUCACCAUUGCUGAAACAGGAAGAAGGCCAAUCCUUGACAGUGGUAUAUGGGGACUGUGGUCUCAAGACUUCGAUAAAGGAGGAUCCCCGACAUCGACGUCAUAAGGUCUCGAUGAAAAAAGGCAACCAUCUCACCUGGGAUCGACAGUGGAAGAGGGAGGUUAUAUCGGGAAACUCGACUGGUUCAACCCAGGUUAAUGGAGCUCCGCUAACUUCUCACCCCUGUUCUUCUUAUACUAUUGGGACGCUGAAAAUUUCACCAUUGCUGAAACAGGAAGAAGGCCAAUCCUUGACAGUGGUAUAUGGGGUACCUAAAUCUCUGAAUAUAGUGGAGCUGCACGAAUAUGAAAUUGUUUCGUAUGUGUUAAAAUCACCAGUUGUUGAAGUAACUGGGGUGAUAAUAUUUAACGAGGAGAACGACAAAAGGGUAGUGGAAAGUGCUAGUAAUAAUAAUAAGGUUGAAAAUGCUUUAAUGAUGUUUCUGGUUGCAAUAAGUUGGGGUGCAAAUUAG